AGGACAUCAGUACGCGCGGUUGGAUGAUUUCCGGAGACAAAGAGGUUCGGUUUGUCCAAACCGAUUCGGUCCGGUCGAGCGCGUCGAUGUUCAAUAGGCGAAGCCAACACUUAACCGAGGGUCAUGGCUAAGUCUUCCGUAUAUGGCCCGGAGCGCGUCUGACACCCAACCUUCUAACAUAAUGUCUUACUACUACGACCAAGCUCCCGACGCGUCUUCCUCCAAGGAUGUGCUUGACCCCCAGGUCUCCUUCACGGCCGAUUUCGGAGUCGCUACCGCUGGAUGGGAGCCAUCCUCAGGCUGUGGAGGCAGUUCUUGGAUGUUGGACGUCGACGAUAUCCCAGGGCAAUCGAAUUAUCUCGACUACAUUAUGAUGCCCACCAUCGAUUCCGCUACGGAAGCGCGGUUGCGGGAACAGUACGCCGAACUUUGCGACGAGGACGCGCUUCCCGCCGUGUUCUCCGGGAGUGCGGACGUACCCUGGGCCAGCAUUUCGGAAGAACAACACGGAGUAUGUGACCCGAUGAUCGACGUAGCGCCACGCGAAGUUCAGCCCACCGAGUGGACCGUUCCUCGUGCAUUUGGGCAAAUUGGACGAGAAACGCUACAGGGUCUACUUGUGGAUGAACUCGCGGGCGCCGACGGAUCGCGCGAGCUCGGGUUCCCAGAAGACUUCACCUUCCUAUACCCCCUGCCUAUUCUGUCCUCUGAGACUCCUCUCUCGACAACGCCCGCUCCCGCUCCCGCGCUACCUCCGGCGGCCACAUCCAUACACUCAGCUGCCUGGCCCCACUCCUCGUCCGUCCUGCCACCCCCAGCUCCUGCCGCCCAUUUAGCCACCACCGCUGCAACGACGCUCGACUCAGUCCCCGUCACCGCCACGGUGCAACACACCGACGACUCCUCUGCCUCAACCACCGUCCCGCCCGCUGCCCGCCCCGCCAACAAGGAAAACCAGCCUCCCUUGGCAGGACCCUCCUCUCGGAGUCGAAGCACCCGCAACGCGCACGUCCAGCCAGAACGCAUCCCCGAGAAACGCAAGCGUUCGAACGCCCCAACGCUCAUCCCGGCCCCUGCGCGCAAGCCACCGCGGGAGGCGUCCGCCGAGUCAUCCUCUGCUGGCGCAGCGGUGCAGCCACCGCGCAAGCGCCGCAAAGUCGCAGAGCUCGAAGGUAUCGAGAUGACGCCGGAGACGCGGUGCGGCCUCGGGGGGUGCACGACGGUGCUCAGGGCGCCGGACCUCGCUGCCGCGCGCGCGCAUUCGCACGGCCACAUUGCCCAGAUCGCCCCUCCGCCUCCGCCUCCGACCCCAAUCGCUGGGCCUUCUGCCAAGGGGAAGGAAGCCGAGAAAGCCGAGCAGCAGGAAAAGACGCCGCUGCCCUGUCCGUACCAGACCCUCGCUGGGGCGGCGUGUGUGCACAAGCCGUUUGCGGACGCGCAGGCGCUCCAGCGGCACAUCGAGGGCCUGCAUUACGAAUGGCGGUUCCCGUGCGCCGGGUGUGGCAAGCGGUUUCCGCGGCGAGAUGCCUUGCUGCGGCAUUAUAAGGCCAAACCCAAGUGCCGGCCUGCCGGGCUCAAGCUGAGUUGA